AUGUUUCAAUUUGAGGCAUUUACAAAGUCUUGCGAGAAAGGCACAAACGAAGAUGAAUGUCGCAACUCAAUAAAAAGUUAUUACCGAUAUGGAUCUCAAUUAUUGCUUUUCUGGUACGAAGACGAUUACAAAAAUUGCGCCAAUAAAGCAUACCGAUGCAAAGCUCAACAUCACAAUGUAAAUGUCCAACACUUGGAUUGCUAUUGGCAAGAACUUUAA